UCAUCUUUUUCGUUUUUGGCAAAGAUGACGCCGGACGCUAUUCGUAAUAUUGUUGGCAUUAUCGGGAAUAUUCUUACUUUUGGACUCUUUGUCUCACCAAUGCCUACAUUUUAUAAGAUAUGGAAAAGUAAAGAUAUGGAGGAUUUCUCUCCAAUACCAUAUUUGGCAACAUUGAUGAAUUGUGCUUUGUGGGUGUUUUAUGGAAUGCCUUUUGUCCAUCCAAAGAGUCUUCUUAUUGUCACUAUCAAUGGAUUUGGUCUUGUUGUUGAGGCCUUCUAUAUUAUCAUGUGUUUCAUCUUUAGCAAACGCAAACUUAGGAUGAAGAUGUUAGGGAUCUUCUUAGUUGAGGUUGCGUUCGUGGCCAUUGUUAUUCUCGUGGUAAUGCUAGCCUUUCACACACAUGAGCUUCGUACUAAAUUUGUCGGAUCUCUUUGUGUUAUUUUCGGGGCUAUCAUGUAUGGCGCGCCCCUUUCCGUUAUGAAACUGGUCAUUCGGACUAAAAGUGUGAAGUACAUGCCUUUCUUCUUAUCAUUCGCUGGUUUCUUAAAUGGAAUUGAUUGGACGAUCUACGGCUUCAUUCACUUUGACAUCUUCGUCGUUCUCCCUAAUGGAAUCGGCGCACUAUUAGGGUUAGCACAACUUAUUCUUUAUGGCUAUUAUUACAGAUCAACUCCAAAAGAAGAAGAAGAGAAACCUAAAGCCGAACUUGAGUUGCCUACCACCACGUCUAGUGUUUGAACUUAGAUCAAAUUUUUUUUAUAUGAUUUUUUUAUAUAUAAUUGUUGCUAUAGUUUGUUAAGUUUGAAUGGUAUGGUAUGCUCAUAAGAAUGUUUUUUUAGCUAGUUUUAUUUAAUUAGUAUUUUCUA